GCGGAAAUUACAAAAGCACCCCAGCGAUCACAGAAGGUCACUUGCGCAUUUACCCGUACAAUUUGCGAAGUGGGAAGGCUUUCCACUUGAACAUCACGUUAUUUUUUGAAGUUGUAUGAGUGGUGUUAUUCUUCAUUUGCUGUGCGGAAGAGUUGGACAUACAUUUACCACCAAAUCCAUGCGUUUUUGGGAAUCGAUUAAAACUUAUAUAAUAGUUUUUAAUAAGUUAAAUUAUACGUUGUGUAUUUUAAACCGAAUACAAUAGACUUUGUACCAGUUUUUUUUAAUCGAAAGUAAACGAGAUGGAUAGGAUUCAAACUCCCUUCGAUUCGGUGCAGAAGACACCUUCGUAUCGUUCUGUUACUUAUAAAACAAAGGUGGGAUCUCUUGGAAAGGGCAAGCUACUGAAAAUGAAGAAAUUAGCUGAAAAAGAGAAAAAUUCUGAGGAACUCAACAACCUGUAUCUUGAAUCAUCACAUAAAAAAAAUAGAUUAGAAGAAAAAAACACCUUUGAAAGAAAACACAUUUUACCAUCUUCAAAAGUCUUGAAUAUUCGUACUAAGAGGCAACAAUAUAAAGCUAAUGCUCCAUCAGAAAUUUUUGUUUAUGAAGAAUGUGUUAAAAGUAUGACUGAAAUGAUUUACAUAAUGCUGGAAGAAGAAAGUGUUGACAGAACACUAGAAAAUUUCAAUUUUAAUACUGCAUAUCAAGCAACAACUCUCUUUAAACAGGUUGUUUAUGCACUAGCAGUUGCUGAAGAAAAUUGUGAAUUUGAACAUCGAAACCUUGUCAGGGAAAACAUUGGUAUAAAACUCACCAACUGUAAAACAUUUUGCUACUCGUUGCAUUCACAUCAGUACGAAGUUCGUACAGCAGGACUUGAGGUAGUUAUAAUGGAUUUUAAUUGUUCUCGAAUGACAUACGGGCAUUGGAGUUCACAAGCAAUAGUGUAUCGAAAUUUGGAUAAUUUUGUAAAUCAGGUCUCUAAAGAAACCGAUGGACGAAAUGAUGUUUAUUGUAACAUGAAAAAUUAUGACUGACUGGAAAUAUUUUUUCCCGUAUACCAAUAUCUUGUGGCUUGAAUAUUUGCUGGAUAUUCUUCUUAGAGCGGAUUAUUUAUGUCCAGAAUUUUCAGAGAAUUUAAGAAGCUUGUUUUAUAUGCAACGUAUACGGAAUACAAUAAGAAGUUGUACGAGUGCAUCAGACCUGGUUAUAUCUUCAGACAUCUUCUCUAAUUUUCCCUAACGUUUUUGUGAUCUCGAUGAAUUGUGUAAUUAUAGCUCGUGUAUUUUAUUGCACUUCUGCUUUCCUUUUGUUUAUAGGAUUAUUCCUUAA